CACCAAACAAAUUAGCGCACCCAUAAUGAAUUCUCGAAAAUUGGAAUUUAUAAAUGCGGGACGUUUAUCAAUGAUAAUUGAUUUUUAUGGUCCUUCUGGUUGCCGAAUGCUUCGUACGGUAGAUAAAGUCAUUACUGAAAUUAAAAAAGCAAUAAUUGAUAUGUCCAAUAGCAUGCGAAAACCGGAUGGUUUGCAAUUAUCUGUGAAAGGACCAUUAACAGUUCGAGAAUACCAUAAUUUUGAUGAAUGUCACGAAUCCGACUCAAAAAUGCAAAAUAAUGAAGAUACAGAAUCGAAUUUUCGAGAAUUCUCUACUCCUGACGUUAUUACUAGCUCAAAUGACUAUUUAAUCGAGACUUCUCCUGAAAUUUUGAAGUUUUGGGAUACUCAUAAGCUUACUCCCUAUGAUGGAGCUAAGAAUGUCAAGUAUCUUGUGAUGUUUCCUGAAUCAGAGAAUCUUCGCUAUUACAUCGAAUAUUUUUUUGAUGAAUUACGAGUCCAAUACGAAUUUAUCCUAAUAUCAAAUUAUUUGCCCGAUUUAGCACUUUUACCAAACGAGUCAGAAUUAUCACAACAAAUCCGAAGUUAUGAGUUGGCUUGUGAACAAUUAGCGCCAUUCGUUUUACCCAAGCCAUCCGUGGUGUCUGUAAACUUUAAAUUAACUAAAGAUCCACUACCUCUUGAAGAACUUGUCACAUAUGAUACUAUCCUUCAGAUUUCGUAUGGAUAUAGUUGUGAAUCAUUUUCCACGACAGUGCCAUUAACAACAACCAAACAGUUGUUCAGUUCAGCUUGGGAUAAAAUUCGAAAAACCAUGGGAGACUAUCGACAAACAAUUAUCACCAAGGUCGGAGUGAUUACUAAAGAAGAAAAAGAUCGCGAUGUUACUAUUGUAUCGAUUGAUAUUGAACCGGCCUUAACCAUUAAUCCUAUUUUGGAAAAUAAACAUCAAAAAUUAAAGCAUUUGUAG